AUGACCAACAUGAGCGCCAAAUUCAACGUGGAUGUUAACAUCACAUCAGCGCAGCAAAAGGCGUUCUACAGCUUCACCGUGAUGGGCGUGCCGAGCAGCCCAGCGCCGGUCUUCUCCAAGUCCUCCUACCGCACCGACGCAGGGGAGAUCGUGGCAGAGUUUGGGUGCACGCCCAAGCCCACCAGCACGCUGGGGACAUACCGCUGCACGUCCAGUACUGUCGCCAACCUCACAGUGCCGUUCAGGCCGGUGAGCAGGGUGUUUGCGCUGGUUAAUGCAGGGUUCUUCUUCGCCCCCUACUACUUCUACUCCACCAUCAAAGUGAACGGCGUGAGGCUGCGCGGUAACAUCACCGCCUCUUUUGUUUAUCCUGAUUACUUGUAA